CUUUUCUCUUUCUGGCACCAUGAAGCCAUUCGCGUCCAAUUCUAAUCGUCGACCCAAUACACGAUACCUCAACCAUAAUGGCUUCAGAGACCCACCAGUCACCCCAUUGCAGCAGGAAGAAGCGCAUGAACAUGCCUUGAAUGUUCUAAAGUUCUACUCAGUUCCUCCUCCAAGUUUAGAUACAAUUAUGUCGAAGGAUUGGACUCGAAUAGAUACAGAAACAUCGUCGGCCGUUAACGAACAAAUUGACGAUUUUGAAAGACAACAUUCGAAGGCAAUGGAGCAGCUUUGUGACUCGACAGUGGCGGCGUAUCACACAGACAGACACUAUCGUAACAUGUCGUACAAUGAGCUGUUGGAUUUAGAACCUCACGAACGAAAGCAGAGUGUGAAAGAAGCUCGAGGGGAGUGGGCUAUGGAUACUGUUUUUACCGCGACAGAUGAACGGGAACUGAGCCUUGCUAAAUCGCGACAAAAUCAAAUCCACAACAAACGCGUUCCAUAUCCAUUCCACUCGACUUAUUCCCGUAACCCUCUUCGCACACUCUCCACCAUUUCGCGACUUCGCUACAGCUAUCUCAAGCGGAUAAUCCCGAUGAGAGUGCGACGCGAUGAACUCAAAGAGAAGGAGAGAGAGACUGAGUUGCAAAGAGAAUAUAACGAGAGACGUCGAGAGGAGGAGAGGAAGCGGUGGGAAGAGGAAGAACGUAGACGAAAAGCCGCACAAUUUCCGCAAUCCUUGGAAGAAUUCAAGCAGAAAGGAGUGGAUGUACAACGCCGCGUGGCUAGAUUCCUGUGUUUAGGGGACAUGUUCGGUCAUAAGGGUUCAGAAUCCGGCUUGUCACCAGCCCAAGAGAAGAUGUUGAAGGAAUGGAAGUGGACAGUUGAGGAGGUGGUUCCUAUGAAGAGAAUUUUCGCAACCAACAAAACAUUCGCUGCUGAAAUGCAAGCCCUGGAUAUUGCCAACCAGAGUGUUACCAGAGACCCUCGCAACCGAUAUUGACGGGCUUGUUACUUGUGUGCAGCCGCCCAACCUCUUGGGCAUGCAUCAAAGCUCCAUCAUUGGGGAUUGUAGGCGACUGGAAUCGGUUCUACAACAGGAUGACCAGCUGGACAGCACUACUGGAAUGCUCCAUUGGAAAACUUGCCCUCCAGAUUGGAGCUAGUGGUGUGCACCGCACCGGACACCAGUCACUUGGACUGGUUGCGAAUGGCCCUUACACGAAGAUGACAUGAUUUUCCGGAGUGGUAGACCUACGGGUUUCAAUAUCUAUUGUUAUGUAUUUUCUUAUCUUCGUUCUCGGAGAUAGGAUCUACUUCAAAUUCUUUUUACAAGUCUCAGACCAUCUAGAAAACGAUAUUAUGUUGAAGCCUUC